CAGGUCUUCAAAGUACCUUCAAAGUCUUUAAAGUAUUAGGUUUCUAUCAGAAGUUACCUUGUCAUAGUAUAGGUGCCAAGGCAACCAUCAUACAGACAAUUGUGUGGAUUGGGCAAACAAAUAGUCUUGUCUUCACUGUGUCUCUUACUGCAGACAACCUAAUAUAUAUUAUAUACCAUAUACAUUUGAUAAAACAACAACUGUUUGGUCUGUAUUUAUAAAAAGUAAUCUACAACAAAAAAUGUCUAUACAAUUAUAAUGUUUUAUCUGUUUGUAUUGCUGCAAUGAGUAUUUAUUAAAAAAUAUUGUUUAAAUUCAGACAUAUGUAUAUUUAAAAACAUAUGUAUAUUAAGACAAAUAGUGAACAUUCAGGAACUAUUUACAUAUAUGGACACAUAACUACUAUUCUGUUUCCUAUUCAUAAUAAACAUUUACAAUGUAAAACUCAAAAUGUGAAUUAUACACACAAACAAAUGUUCAAAUUUAAAUAUACAUAGAAGCCUGAACAACAAAAAGUGGUAGGUAUGCUGCUGGAGGUCGAGUCUUCUUUCACUGACAAUUUGGGUCUGCUAGCUAAUUGGGUUACGGGGUUAGGGGUUCAUCCUCUUUUACAGGCAAGCAGGUACAUAUGACCACAGAUUAACAAUCGAGUUUUCAUAGCAAUAACUCGGGAAGCGAAAGAGUCGGGGUCAUGAAAAUCGCCAGUCUGACAGAGAACCAUCCCAGCUGUAGGCAUGCCAAACUACAGGGCUCUAGGCAGGGAGGACUAGCAGGGAUUAUCAUUCAAACUCUGCCCCCCAAAACAGAGUACCCCAAGAUCCCUGGAUCCCCAAGUUAUGCAAGCAUGCUGGGAAGGGUACAGGGUGUUUCCCCUGAACAUUUGGUGAUGCUCACUCAAAAGGCUCCUGGUGAACAGGCUCUCAAACCUUGACAUUGAUCUCCUUUUAUAUAUAUCCAUUCUGAGGAAAAAUAGUUAAAAGGAAUGCCGAUGAUAAGGAAAUUGAACUCGUGAUGUUGGAAGCAAAAGGGAAGAUGAGGGCAAUCCUGAAAGGUCUGAGUGUGGUGGACUAUGAAGACCUGGACCAUAAGGAUCAUGAUCCUCUGCAAUUUUUUGUAAAGUUUUUGGAGAAAAAAGGAUGUUAUGUUAGAGGGAAGCCAGAGGAGUCUCCAAGCUAUGCCAUGAACAAGAGCAUUCAUCCAUCCGACGUGGAGACGGAAAUGGAGAAACAGGGGUCUGAUACAGGGCUGCAUCUCCCUGUUGACACAGAGGUGGAGAUGUAUGUGGAGAGAGUUGUGGCGACACAUGGGAAAAAAAUGAAGACACAGUUGCAGAUGAUGGUGGAGAUUGAGGUGAAGACACAGCUGGAGAAUCUGAUGAAGAAAGACCUGGAGAAACAACCACAGGUGGACAUGCAACUGGAGACACAGGUGGACAUGCAACUGGAGCCACAGGUGGACAUGCAACUGGAGACACAGUUGGACAUGCAACUGGAGACACAGGUGGACAUGCAACUGGAGACACAGGAGGGCAUGCAGGGGGAGACACAGGAGGGCAUGCAGGGGGAGACACAGGAGGGCAUGCAGGUGGAGACACAGGUGGGCAUGCAGGUGGAAAAGCAGAUCCAGACCCAGCUGGAGACCAAGGGACCUGAACUAGAGCUGGACCUACCCAAUGAAUCCGAUACCGAGACAAGUCCAGGCCCCACCGAUGAGCAUGAUGAAAAUGAUGAAGAGAUGGAAGAGCAAGUUUGUUUACAUUAGCAUAUUUAAGGUUCUCCUGCCUGCUCUGUAAUAAUUAGCUUAAAAAAAAGAAAUGAAUGAAAGCUGCAGGAAUGUGCAAAAAGCAUUCAUUUGACUGAAAUUCUGUCGACUUUCCGAAAAUAUUUGCAGCUGGAAUUAAAAGUUAAAAGAAGGUCACAACAGGUUGCCAAUGUUGCAAGAUUCCUGUACUUUGCAGACCCCUCCAAGGCAUCAUUCUCAUUCUUGAGUAAUUCGCAGAUAACCCUGGACUUUUUUGCCAAACUGAAGGAAUUGGGGAGCACGGAUGCCAUGAUGUUCACUUACCUCAAACACAUCAAGAUGUUUGUUCGUUCACAAGUUGGUACAUUGUCUGCCGUUAGUCGGGGAAAGGAAUUUGAAGAGCUUUGCGAGAGCUACAUAAUCAAGACUAUGUCUAAAAGGCUGCAGUUUGGGUAAUACUGAUAUAAAGUCAAACUGUCCCCAUCGAUGCCAUCGAUAUCUCAUCUUUUUAUCCACUAGUGAUAUGCAGGCUGGCAAAGAAGUCUCCCUUAAAAGGAUGGCUCACCUUUAAGUUAACUUUUAGUAUGUUAUAGAAUUUCCAAUUCUAAGCAAUUUUUCAAUUUAA